AUGCCUCAUUUUCAUAUGGGAAACUACAGAAUCAACUCAUAUACCAACUACUAUUGGCUAGGCGAGCCCCUAUCGUCAGAUCCCGACGACAGACCAACAGUCGAAAACUAUGACCACAUGCUGCACGAAGCUCUGUGCAGCAUCUUGCUCAAUCGCGAUCUGACCGCCGACCAGAUCGAAAAACUUCUCGUUAAACCGGAUCUCUCAAUAAAGCGGAUCUUGGAGCGAGAACCUAUCCUCAGCAGACAUUUUUCACAAGAAGAGCUCGGAAACAUCUCGCUCCUUUGGAUCGCAGUGUUGGGCUGCUACCAGGAUUCAGCCGAGCUGUUGGUGUGCUCCGGCCCUAACGUCAACGAGCUCUUCGGAUGCCACAGCCCUCAAAUAAUCGACAAAAGAAGUUCCAUUCUCCACGUGCUGCUUCAGCUGAAUCUCUCCGCGAAGAAUGAGCGAUUGAUCCGUCUGGUGAGGGACCACGGUGCUGAUGUGCAAAGUCAGGACUCCAGGGGACGAACCGUCCUGUACUUGGCGUUAACGGUAGGAAGAGGAAACAGAGUAAAAUUGGCCGAACUUAUUCUCGAAAAGGCAAUGGACGUUAACAUCGCUACUAAUCUCGGUAAAACACCCGUGCUCGCCGCAGCCGCGAGCAAACAUGCAGACAAACUGCUGCCGUUAUUGAUAACGUACGGAGCCAAUCUUACCGCCACGGAUAAAGAUGGUCAGAAUACCACUGCCUGUCGCGAUCAAGAGUGGAUCAAGCCGUUGAUCUGGCCAUAG